UUGAUAAUGCGGAGGACCUGCUUUCUCGUCGACUUGGGUUUCCAUAAUUCCCUUCCUCGCUGUCAAUUACCUCCGUUUGGGUCGCACUCCUUAUUGAGACCUUAACCUGGCCAGAAUCUGAUCUAUCUUUUCGAAAGGUCGACAAACAGGAUAUUGGCUCGGGGAGGUUCCGUUCACCGUUUACCAUGACAGACAGCAAAUUGGUGUCGACCAAGCAGGUCGCGGAGCACAAUACUCCCGAACAAUGCUGGAUAGUGGUCGACAACCAGGUAUGGGACGUGACUGACUUCCUAGACGACCACCCGGGGGGCUCUAACAUUAUUCUCAAAUACGCUGGCCGCGAUGCCACCAAGGCCUACUCAGAAGUCCACACACCCGGCGUUCUCAAGUCUAAUCUACCUCCGCAAAAGUUCAUGGGCGUACUGGACGAGUCAACAAUCGACGACGACUGGGCGAAGGGGCCUCCAGCGGAGAAUCCGCAAGUGGUCCUAGAGAAUGAAAAGCCACCGCUUCACACGCUGAUCAACUCGUACGACUUUGAACUGGUGGCUGCCAAAACGGCCAGUAAAAAAGCGUGGGCCUUCUAUUCCAGCGCGGCGACGGAUCUUCUCACGCGCGACGCAAACAAGUCCUGCUUCGACCGGAUAUGGUUCCGCCCACGGGUGCUGCGCAACGUGCGCUCGGUGGAGCCCAAGACGACGAUGCUAGGUGUGGAUUGCAGUCUGCCGCUGUUCGUGAGCCCGGCGGCAAUGGCCAAGCUCAUUCACCCCGAGGGAGAACGGGCCAUUGCCAGGGCUUGCGAGAGCAAAGGGAUUAUGCAGGGGGUCUCCAACAACUCUUCGUACACGGUGGACGAUUUGAGAGAGGCCGCCCCGUCGGCCAGUUUCUUCUUCCAACUCUAUGUCAACCGGGACCGCGCCAAGUCGGCGGCACUUCUUCGGCAAUGCUCCGCAAACCCAAACAUCAAAGCCAUCUUCGUGACCGUCGAUGCCGCGUCGCCGGGAAAACGGGAGGCCGACGAGCGCGUCAAGGCGGAUGAGACCUUGUCGGUCCCCAUGGCUCCGUCCAAGGCGAAGAACGAUAAGAAAGGCGGCGGUCUGGGACGGGUAAUGGCCGGAUUCAUCGACCCCGGGCUAACAUGGGAGGAUUUGGCUUGGGUACGAGAGCAUACACAUCUCCCCGUCUGCCUCAAGGGCGUGAUGUCUGCUGAUGACGCCAUCCUGGCGAUGGAGGCGGGGCUGGAUGGCCUGCUACUGAGCAACCACGGCGGGCGCAACCUCGACACGAGCCCGCCAUCGAUCAUUACCCUGCUGGAACUGCAGAGGCGCUGUCCGGAGAUUUUCGACCGCAUGGAGAUCUACGUGGACAGUGGGAUCCGGCGCGGCACGGAUGUUCUGAAGGCCAUCUGCCUCGGGGCCACGGCGGUGGGCAUGGGCCGAAGCAUGCUCUUUGCUACCAACUACGGCCAAGAGGGGGUGGAGCAUCUGAUAGAUAUUAUCAAGGACGAAUUAGAAACGGCCAUGCGCAAUACCGGAAUUACCUCGCUCGACGAAGCGAGCCCCGACCUGGUGCAUACCGGGGAUGUCGACCACCUGGUGCCUCGUGCCCGGCUACAUCCAUACGCGCGCAAGGUCGCCAAGGGACGUCGACCGGCAUCCCAUCCAUCCAAUCCCAAGCUGUAGACAGGCUCUUGCAGCUCUAUCGCCGAAGUCCCGAUUGAUGAAUCUACAGCGGAUUUGACGUCAACCACAGUCACAUGGAUACAUAUAUACUAGAUAUAGAUAUAUCACCGACGAACAGGAUGAAUAGGAAGAGCGAGUGGACUAA